UCUAUUUACUUUAUUAUUUCAACUGUCAUAUGAUACAUUAUCAGAAUCAUUUUGUGUCUCUUCAGUCACCAUGACAUUGAUUUUCCAAUAGCACUUCUAAUUAAUCCCAAACAUUUGCCUGUCCAGCAUUCUGUCUGUUUUAUUCCUUUACCCACACUCUCCAUGUGGUCCCUGCUUUACCUGUAUUCCCUCCUCUCCCUUCCCCUCCGUUCCUUUUCCCUUCAGUUCUAUGGAAUACCAGGUCAAUGGGUCCGUUACUCUCGCCCAACUGUAGCUAGUGGUAAUGGGGGGUGGGGAGAAGACCUCGCUUUCAGAAUUAGAACAAAUGCCAGCCGUGGCCUCCUCCUUUAUCAAGAUGAUGAAGGUGACUGUGACUUUCUUGAGUUAGCUUUGGAUGGUGGACGCCCACGCCUGAGGUUCUCCAUUUCUUGUUCAGAGCCUGCUGUUGUACGUCUGCCUCGGGUGGUAUCAGAUGGUCUUUGGCAUGGCAUAGUAAUUGGCGGCAAUGGCCGUGAGGGUUGGCUGACUGUAGAUGGAGAAAGAGGAGUAGCUGAAGUUCGGUCAAAGCGCAGAGAAAUGACACUCCGCAGUGACCUUUUUGUGGGUGGUCUUCCAUCUGAUCUACGUUUAUCAGCCCUUACUUUGGGUGGAGCAAAAUAUGAACCACCUUUUCUAGGUGAAUUGGAAGGGCUAAGAUUGGGUGGUAGGUCAGGACAGGUACUAGCCAGUCAGGGGGUAGGAGGAACAGAAGAGGAGGAAGACAGGGAGGUAGACCGAGAAAGACCCAAUUCAUGUGGAGGAGCAAACCCAUGUCUCAAUGGAGGAAAAUGCAGAGCUGAGGUGGAAGGAGACAUAUGGUGUGACUGUCGGGACACUGGGUACCAUGGAGAAAAUUGCUCUGAAGAGGAUCAUGUGAUCGAAGGAAAGAAAGAAGAAGAGACGAAUGUGAGAUAA